GGGCGCGAAACCCUCGCCUUCCCCGAUUGCCUUCCGCUUUCGCUCACCUCUGCGUGCUCGCCGUCGCCUUCCCUUUUGGUUUCGCUUCCGUUUUCGUUUUCUUUCUUUGCAACUUCUUCUCCACUCCCUAGGUCUCACCAAGCUCAAUCGAUGCACUGCUAACAGGUUAGGAACGAGUGUUCUUCUCCGACAACGUGGGUUCUGGUCUCGCUCUAGCCACUCUUCCUUCUACAACACCAAGCGUCUUGCCCUCUCCGAGCGCUCAACCGCUGUCGUUCGCCGCCUGACUCGUUUGUACUUGUCGGCGGCGAGAAGCGUACUUUUAUUUUUAUUUAUUAUUAUUAUUACCCGCCAGGUAUUACAAUAUUAAUCUCACUUUAUGAUUCUCGGAGUUACAAGAGCCCCUCAUCGUUUGUGCCAGACUCGUGCUUUUGUUGAUGCAAAGGUGAAAUGGGUUAGAGAUCCAUACCUUGAUUUUGUUGUUCAAAGAGAGGAAAAUCUCAGACAAGUAAUCUCCCUCAAGAAUCUAAUAGUUUCGAGUCCUUUUAAAUCUGUCCCACUUUCCUCUGUCUCUUUGAUGAGACAGAACCUCAAAGUCCCCACUACUUCAAUCUCUAAGUUCUUGCAAUUGUACCCCUCUGUUUUCAUCCAAUUCCAGCCUAGUCUUGGCCUCCAUCCUCAUGUCAAGCUCACCUCCCAAGCUCUAGCUCUCCACAAGGAAGAAUCAACCAUUCAUAACUCUCAACCACAUAGAGACGACGUCGUGAAGAGGUUAGCGAAACUAUUGAUGCUCACAGGGGCUGGAAAAUUGCCCCUGUAUGUCAUUGAGAAGCUGCAAUGGGAUUUGGGUCUACCCUACAAGUUCAUUCCAACACUUCUUGCUGAUUAUCCUGAAUAUUUUCAGGUUUGUAGUGUGAGAGAUUGUUCAACAGGUGAACAAACUCUUGCAUUGGAACUACUUUCUUGGAGGGAAGACCUUUCAGUCUCUGAACUGAAGAAGAGGCAUUCCUUGGAAGGCAAUGGUUGGAGAAGGAAUGGAAUUCACAUUGCAUUUCCAAUGAGUUUUCCUAGGGGUUUUGAUUUGGAGAAGAAGGUGCUGAAUUGGGUGGAGGAGUGGCAGCGUCUGCCCUACAUUUCACCCUACGAAAAUGCAUUCCAUCUAGCACCAAACAGCGACCAGGCUGAGAAAUGGACCACCGCAGUUCUUCAUGAGUUGCUUUACCUUAUGGUCUCAAAGAAAACCGAAAAAGAGAACAUCUCCUGCUUGGGAGAGUAUUUGGGGUUCGGUUCUAGGUUCAAGAAGGCCAUAGUUCAUCACCCAGGUAUAUUUUACGUCUCAAACAAGAUCAGAACACAAACUGUGGUUCUCAGAGAGGCUUAUAACAAGAACUUUCUGGUAGAAAAGCACCUUUUGAUGGGCAUGAGGCAUCAGUACAUUCGCCUAAUGAACAAAGCUGUAAGGAGACCUAGACCACGCAUCAUAUUAGCUUCUUCCAGAGAUAAAAGACAGAAUAAUCCAUCUGCCAACAAAGAACCUAAGAGAAAUGCUAAAGCAAAGCUGGAAGAAUCCAAUGUGUAUUUUCAGCCAUCGGUUGAGGAAGACGAUCAUCCAUGCAGAGUGACUGAGUUGCAAAAUAAUGCAUUUCAUGAAUGAAAACUAUACUGUUAAAGCCUAAAUGAUCAAACAUGGUCUGGCUUCUGUUAUAAGUUUUUUUCUUUAAGUGCAUCAGAGAUUAUUUUCUUGCA